UUGUUUUGUCCGUCAAACACGCCAGUCAGCCUUCUGCUUCGGUGCGAGGCCAACGGUACGCAGCUUUUAUCCGGCGAAUGAAUGUUUGACCAUUUGUGUCGUUUGUAAUUUCAGAGUAUAGUGGACAGGAACUGAAUCGGCCAAGUGAUGGUGGCUCUUUGUGAUUCGGCGCGACGGUAUUGAUUUUCGGGGCGGUGUGUCACGGGCGCCGCCAGAGUAAACGGAAGAAAAGCGUCUUUCUUUACAACAUUCUCAGUAGUUUGUUGUCGGCGUUCGCGUUCACAUCCGUCUCCACAUCCUCCUACGACUGUGAUAUGCCCAGAUGGAAUUGCUUAAAAAAAAAUAGUGUGACAUUUUAGCUGCAGUACUGCCCUAUAGAAUUGCCCGUCAAAAUGCCACGUGUCUCCGUUCGGCGGUUGUUUGUGUAUGCAAUUUAUACUGUGGUGGUCACAUCUUUGGUCAUGUUGGCCUUGCACGUUCAACAACAGAAUCCCUUGUGGCUCAGGGUUCUUGAGCAAUCUUCUGGUCCAGGUGGCUACUAUCAACAAAAUAGCAAAGAAGUAGACGAAGAGGCACCAGCACAUUUCGUCGUGGUCAACAACGACGAAAAAACAACUGUGGAUAAUGUGACUACCGACAACAUCAAUCCCUUACGUAGCCACGGUCUGCCAUGGUACAUUAAAAACGAUGGUUAUAGACCUUCGCAGGGAGAUGUGGUAGACAACAUCUGGCCCGAUGGUCGAUUAAAUGGUGACCGAAUCGAACAACAGCUGAUGGUUCCCACACGAGAUGCUGAUGGCAUUUCAGGUGAGGGCUCAUCUCUUCUUGCCGGUGCUGUGAAGCCGUUGAAGAAAAUUUUCUUGCCAAACGGAUUGGGUUCAUGGCAGACAAAGAGCGGACAAAAAGUUUUCACCGAACAGAAAUGUCCUGUGGAUCGGUGUUCGCUGACAAGCAAUCGCGAAGAAGCAUCCAAUGCAGACGCUAUCAUGUUUAAAGAUUUCUUUGCUACACCCAGUCAUCAACGACCUCCUCAUCAAAUUUGGAUCAUGUACAUGCUGGAAUGCCCGCUGCAUACCCAGUACGUCAGAGAAAAGGACGUCUUCAACUGGACGGCGACCUACAAGUCGGACAGCGAGUUGGUGACUCCAUACGAAAAAUGGGUUUACUACGACGAUAAAGUCAGAAGGAAACCAGUCACAACAAACUUUGCAGCCAACAAGACCAAAAAAGUUGCCUGGUUUGUCUCCAACUGCGGGGCCAAGAACAAUCGCUUGGAGUAUGCACACAACCUGCAAAAGCAUAUAGAAGUUGAUAUCUACGGGAGUUGCGGAACUAAAAACUGCCCUCGACACAGCGGGGACCAUUGCCUCGAUAUUUUAUCCAAGGAGUAUAAAUUCUAUUUGGCCUUCGAAAACUCAAAUUGCAGAGACUACAUCACCGAAAAGUUUUACGUCAAUGGACUUGGAUCUAAAGUCCUUCCCAUCGUGAUGGGCGCUCCAAGAGCAGAUUACGAAAAGCAUGCCCCUGAACAUUCUUUUAUUCACGUAGACGACUUUGCGUCGCCCAAAGAGUUGGCCGAUUACCUCCACCAAUUGGAUUCGAACGACACGCUGUACAACGAGUACUUCGAAUGGAGAGAAACCGGCCAGUUUAUCAACACAUACUUCUUUUGCCGUCUGUGCGCCAUGCUGCACGAAGCUCCUCAUUCACCGGCGCGCAGUUACGAAGAUUUCAACGAGUGGUGGCGAGGUGGCACAAACUGCAUUAAAGGAUCGUGGCGGGAUCUCGAAAUCCAUCGACGUAACAAAAAGAAGAAGAUGAUGCAGUUAAAGCAGGCAACAAGUUGAAUCUUUAAUUACAUUCCACUAUUUAAAUUCCGUGACGAUUCGUAAGGCCAAUUCCAUGGCAGAGGUCUCGAGUUAGUCAGCUUAGUCCGUGUUUUCCAGAUUGUCACGUUAUUUAAGAAACUCGAAGAGAAACAGAUACACACGCGCGCACACACAUACAUUUCGUGAAGGAUUUAUAGGUGAGAAUUGGAAUGAGCAAUUGAACACCCUAGUAUUUAAAAAGGUUUAAUGCCAAUUCCAAUUUUUGUUUGAAUUGGGGAAAAAAGGGAUGUUUGUGAUUUACCCCAAAUCAGUUUGUUUUUUUUUUCUCUGGGUGCUAGUCACUGACACAGUGAACGUGUAUACGCUAACUUUUGUUGUUUUUGUUUUUUUAAUGUCUACCGCACACUGCGAUUCUAUUUUGUGUAACGUCAUUAUCUUUCAGACCAACGGGCGCACAUAACCCAGUCGUAAUUGAUUGCACAUAACUGUUUAAAGUAAAAGAGGCCAUUUCGAUUGUUUUUCUGUUGAAGGUAUUUGGCUGUUCAGAUUUUGUUUUUCAAAUCGUCAUCUGUAUACUUGACUGCCCGUUUUUUAAAAAUCACUUCGAAUGAAAUUUACUGUUACACUGAAUCGCUAAUUGAAAAAUACACGAAAGGAUCGAUAUACCCGAAACAAA